CGCCUCCUUCCACAGCUUCUGGCCAACGUUGAACGAGACGAUAUGUUUAGAUCCGUCGUUCAGCCGAACGUCGUUUCUAUAUUCAGCUCAUCUGGGAGCAAUCCGUUGGUUCUCUUCGGGGUUCACGUCGAUAAGGAUCUCCCAACGGACUCAUUUGUUCAUCUGCUGAAGGACGAGACGUCCAGCCCCGAACCCGACCCACCGAAAGCGCUUCUCGACACAUCUGCAUCUACGGGCAAGGCUGCGGAGUCUAGCCAAUUGAUAGCAUCUGUGAACUACAAACUUGAUCAGACGGUGCUUCACAUGCAGUCGCCGACGUUGAACAAGACGUAUAUCCAGUCCCCGAAGAUCCACACGGGUCGUGCGAGCGAUCUGUAUCUAAAGCAUCCAUGGAUGCACCUUCAAGUACGCCACCUCGAACGAGAUUGGGCAUUUGAAGUGGGCGUUGUGGAUCAGAUGGGUAGAGAGGGCGUUCUCCGGUGUUCGACAUUUCAGAACGAACCUCACCUGCAUCUCUCCAACCCACCGAUACUCAGUCUACCAUUAACGCUUCCGUCUCCUUCGUCACGUCCGUUGACCAAUUGGGUGACUAUUGACCUCAACCUACCACGAUUGCUUCCCCACUUUUCAUCGCUCGCCCGGCGACAAUCCCAACUAGACUUGGAGGACGCGGAGGAAGAUGAAAUCUUGAACAAGGUCUCUAGCACCGGUGCUACGCGGAGCUCGGCGUCGAUACCCGUCGGAUCCUACUCGCAUGUCGCAUAUGUAAGGGUGUACGCAACAUGUCGACUGCGGAGGAUAUGGUUUAGUGAGACGAACACGGGGAAAACGCCUUGGGAGCUCGAACUAUACGGCGCAGAUUGA